CCCCCCGGUGUUUUCCAGACGCCGCGAGCGGAGGGAGCGGAGCGGGAGGAGAGCCUCCCCCACCAUGGCGAUCCGCCCCACUCCGGCCUUCCUCCUGCUCCUCCUCCUCCCCUUGGCCGACGCCGAGGACCUCGUUGUCCCCACGGCGUCGGGGCCGGUGCGCGGCACCCACGUCCCGGUGGGCGCUGAGGCGGUGGUGGCGGCUUUCUUGGGGAUCCCCUACGCCGAACCCCCCGUGGGGCGUCUCCGUUUCCGACCUCCUCAGCCGGCGAGACCUUGGCAAAGCGUCUUAGAUGCCUCCAGCCAUCGGCACGCGUGUUACCAGGCCGUGGACACCAUGUUCCCCGGUUUCGGGGGGUCCGAGAUGUGGAACCCCAACCGGGAGAUGAGCGAAGAUUGCCUCUACCUCAACGUUUGGGUCCCAUCUCCUCGGCCGCCAACGGCCGUCCCCGUUUUGGUUUGGAUUUACGGCGGAGGCUUCUACAGCGGCGCCGCUUCGUUGGACGUCUACGACGGCCGUUACCUCGCCGACGCCGAAGGCGUGGUGGUGGUCUCCAUGAAUUACCGCGUGGGCGCUUUGGGUUUCUUGGCGUUGCCGGGGCACCCGGAAGCACCGGGUAACGUCGGGUUGAUGGAUCAACGUUUGGCCUUGAGGUGGGUCCAAACCAACAUCGCGGCUUUCGGCGGAGACUCCGGUGCCGUCACCAUCUUCGGCGAAAGCGCCGGCGCCGCUUCCGUCGGUUUGCACUUGUUGUCCUCCGCCAGCCGAAGCCUCUUCCACCGCGCCGUCCUCCAAAGCGGAUCCCCCAACGGCCCCUGGGCCACCGUGGGCGCCGCCGAGGGCCGGCGGCGAGCGGCCACUUUGGCCAAACUGGUCGGAUGCGGCGGCGGCGGCGGUGGGAACGUCCUCAACGAGACGGAGCUGUUGGGUUGUCUCCGGGCCAAAUCGCCGCCGGAGUUGGUGGAACAGGAGGCCUCGGUCUUGCCCCAACAAGGGGUUUUCCGCUUCGCCUUCGUGCCGGUGGUGGACGGAGACUUCUUGGUGGACACUCCCGAAGCGUUGUUGGCGGUGGGAGGUGGCGCCGAAGCAGAGGUUCUUCUCGGAGCCGUCCAAGAUGAAGGCACCUACUUUCUGGUCUACGGAGUGCCGGGUUUCGGCAAAGAUAACGAGAGCUUAAUCAGCCGCGAGGAGUUCUUGGGUGGGGUGAGGUUGGGCGUCCCUCAAGCCAACGAGUUGGCGGCCGAGGCCGUGGUCCUGCAGUACACGGAUUGGUUGGAUCAGGACAAUCCGGUGAAGAACCGCGAGGCGUUGGACGACAUCGUCGGCGACCACAACGUGGUUUGUCCCCUCAUGCACUUCGCCCAACGCUGGGCGGAACGAGGAGGGAAGGUCUACGCGUACCUCUUCGACCAUCGGGCGUCGAACCUCCUGUGGCCGCCGUGGAUGGGGGUUCCUCACGGCUAUGAGAUCGAGUUCGUCUUCGGGCAACCGCUCAACCCCACUCUCAACUACACGGCCGAGGAGGAGCAGCUGAGCCGCAGGAUCAUGCGCUACUGGGGCAACUUCGCCCGCACCGGGGACCCCAAUGAGCCGUGGGAGCGGGAGCGGCGAUGGCCGCCGUACACGGCCACCGAGCAGCGCUACGCCCGCCUCAACGCCCGUCCCCUGGCGGUGGCCCAGGGCCUCCGCGCCCAACCCUGCGCCUUCUGGACGCGCUUCCUGCCCAAACUGCUCAACGUCACCGGUGGUCCGGGGGCGCUGGAGGACGCCGAGCGGCAGUGGCGGUUGGAGUUCCAUCGCUGGAGCUCCUACAUGGGCCGAUGGCGCAGCCACUUCGAGCACUACAGCCGCCAGGAGCGCUGCCGCCCGCUCUGAGCACCCCAAAACCUGCCCGGGGCGCCCCAAAACCGACCUGGGCACCCCAAAACCGACCCGGGCACCCCAAAACCCGCUCUGAGCACCCCAAAACCUGCCCGGGGCGCCCCAAAACCCACUGGGCACCCCAAAACCGACCCGGGCA